AUGCCUGCUGUGCAAAUCACAUCUGAAGCCCUGGGCUCUCCCAAGAUGGAACCUGCAGUCGAAGACGACGUUUUCGGUCUUUCUACAGCCGUUGAGUUAGCUGAAGACGUACCUUCUACACACGUCUCUGGCAGUAUACGCAUGCCGCUAGAGUAUAAAGGGUUUACUCCGCGUCCUGAUAGAGUCUCUCAGCUCCCAAAUGUUGCCAAUGCUCAGGGAUUGUACCCUCCUGAUGCUCUCAUCUUCGUAGCAAACCUCUCAAACCAACGAUCUGCGGAUCAGCUUCAGUUUUCCUGCCAUCAGACAUUUGACAGGUUCGGUCCUUGUCAUAUAAAGGUCCGACAGGACAAAAAUCAUCAGCCUUUUGCAUUCGUGCAGUUUGAGAACGUCGACAGUGCAAAUGCCGCAGUCAGUGCUUCGUCCGACAUGCUGAUUGAUGGCCGCAAGAUCCGUGUUGAGCGUGCGAAAGCUGAGAGAGCCGUAAUACUCAGCAAACACGACGGUCGACCAAUCUCAGAAUCGGAGGCUCGACAGUUGCUUUCGAAAUUCGGUCCCAUUGAGCUUUGUGCGCCAACAAACACGAUGGACAGUGCCAGAUACAACAUGGCUUGUGGAAUUUAUGUGAAAUUUGCCUACUAUCUCGACUGUCGUGAUGCCCUUCGAGGCUACAUUCUUCUGAUGGCCCCAUCGGUGGAACCACGCAUCCGUGGCACUUUCAAUGGAUCUCCUGUCGUUCGUGGCUUCUCUACCCCUCGGUCGGCUGUUGAUCAGAAGUCUAUCUAUGUGGGAAAUUUACCCGAUGGCACUACUCGUCAGGACUUGGAGAACAUAUUCAGAGAAUUUGGGCAUAUUGUGCAGGUGAAUGUGAUCAGAAAGAACUUUGCAGGAGACAGCGUCAACAUCUUUGCGUUCGUCGAGUUCAGCAAUCCUCGUGAAGCGGAACGUGCUUCCUUGGCAGAGCGGUCUUUCCUUGGAACCAAGCUUCGAAUCGAGCCAAAGGAGUAUUCGGCCCGUCGUCCGCAACGCACCAUGGGCUACAUUCCUCACACCCCAGUCCGCCAGAAUACUCCACGAAACUAUGUCGAACAUAUGAGCUACAACGGCCGUGAGAUGUACGGCAUGAAUCAGAUGACGACCCCACCUGGUGCCUACAGUCAGGGACAUCCGCUGUCAUACUCCUCGCAGGCUGAUACACCGUACACAAAUACCACCCCACUCAAUUCGGCCUUGAGAGACGUGGCGCCUCCUGGCUUUCUCUUUUCUCCAUCUGCGGCGCAAAACGUGUACCCAUACGGCCUGGGUCAUGGCAUUCUACCUAACUCGCCAAUGUAUGGUGGUGAGGGACAUAUCAUGGGCCCGAUCCCUGAGUUUGACGAGGAAUAA